AUGGCCAAGGCGAAGGUGGAGCAGGCCUCCCGCGCUCUGCAGCGGAUAAAGGAGUUCCAGCCGGACGCGGUGACGCUGGCGGAAGCGGAGGGCGCGCUGUCCGCAGCUGAAUCAGCGCUGAAGACGGAGUGCGAGUCGCUGCAGGACUCAUUCGUGUCACUGCUGCAGCAGGCUCUCGCCGUUCCCGGCGUCUCGUCCGGCGAUGUAUCGGGCCUGCACGUGGACGAGCUCAAGUCGCGCGUCUCUCGGCUCGAGCAGCGGGCUCAGCAGCCAGCGCCGGGCCUGACAGAGGAGGAGAUCAAGGCGUUCGUGAAAGCGUCGACGCCGACGACAACCUCGCCCGUGACGCCAACACUGAAGGAGGACGAGAUCCGGGCACUCGUGCGGAAAGAAGGCGUGACGGAGGAGCGUGUACGGGAGAUUGCCAAGGCGUCCAAUACAGGUCUUAACGAGGUGCAGGUCCGCGCUAUCGUCGCCAAGAUUACACCGAGCGAGGACCGCGUGAGAGAGAUUGUGCAGGCGUCUGCUACAGGACUGAACGAGGAACAGGUCCGCACCGUGGUCAAGAAGAAUGCGCCCGCCGGUCUGUCGGACGAGCACAUCAAGGCCCUAAUCCGCCUGAAUGCACCAACGCUCGACCAAGUGAAGGACAUCGUGAAGGCGUCCAUUCCCACGACACUCACUGCGCCGGCCGUGCCGCCGUCUGCCGCUUCUUCCGUUCAGGCGUCGCCAGCUCCGCCACCGCAGGUCGCAAUCUCCGCCCCGGCCCCCACUCAAGCGACCGAGACGAAGGCAGAGCCGAAAGCGGAAGACGUGAAGGGAGAGCCAGCCGCCGGUGCCCGACCGCAGAUCAAGCUCCGCGCGCUUCUGAGCGAGGUUCUGCAGCGCGUAGAGGCUGUCGAAUCCGCCCUCGACGAGCGAUACGAGCGGUUGCAGGGUGACAUCGAUGAGCAGCGGUAUGAUCUGAACCAGGCGGUUGGCCGAUAUGAACUCGCUGCGGCACGGAGGGCAGCUCUGCCGCCUGGCGAGUCGGCCGGCCAUUCGCUCGAGGGCACACCUGCCCCUGCCCCUGUCGCCCCGGCCGCUAAACCAGCACCUGCCACCGCGCCAGCACCAGCGAACACCCCAGCGAACUCGGCUCCAAACUCGGAGAUCGCCCUGCUCAAGGCGCAAAUGGACGCAAUGCGCGCACAGCUGUCCGCCGUCACGUCCGAGGUCUCCGCCCUGCGCACAGAGGUCGCGACGCUGAAGAUGACGCCCUCUAACGCGCAAGCACCGAACGCAAAGCCAGCCGCACCGGCGGCCAUGGGCGCCGAGUUUGACGCCAAGAUGGCGGGCUGGAAGACGGCGAUUCUGAAGGACAUCGAGGACUGGAUCCACGCCAAGUUGCCCGGUAUCAUCGCCCCGAUCCUCGAGGACAUGAAGGGCAAGGUGCUUGCGCAGAUGCUCGUCGAGGCGCGGGCGGGGGGUAUGGGUGCCGCGCAGAACGCGCCCCGCGUCAACUCGCCGAGUGGGCGGUUUGCGCCCCAGGCCCAGCAUGCUCAGCAGUACCCGCAGCCUCAGACUUAUCAGCAGCAAGGGUAUGGGUAUCAACCGUAUCAGCAUCGAUGA